AUGCUGCUCGGUUUCCGCUAUAACGAGAGAGAAAACAAGAAAAUUGUGACGUUGGGACCGAAUGAAGUGUCCACAGAUUUUGACGAUUUCCUCAAAGAGGCAGGCUCUAAACUAGUCGUCAUAGACAUCUAUGUUGAUUGGUGCGGCCCUUGCAAGACGAUUGCAUCGACAUUUGCGAACAUGGCAGAGGAAUUCCCAGAUGUAUUGUUUGCAAAAGUGAAUGCCGAUGAAAACUCGGAAACUGUACAAGACCUGAAUAUUUCAGCUAUGCCAACAUUCAAGCUUUACAAGAAUGGUAAAAAGAUAGAUGAGUUAACUGGAACAAAUGAGGUAGCACUGUGGGAAAAGAUCAAGGCAAACAAGUAGUUUAAACAUAAUGACAAGAACUUUUUUGAAUUUAGUUUGUAUGGACUUGAAGGCAUUUGGUAAUGUAAAGUAGAAUUUUGACAGCAUUGUUACUCAAGUCAAUGGGCUUUUUUUCGUGCACGAGUUGAGAAAUCAAUCUUUCUGCCCUAUAAAAUGAUUUGGACCGAAUUAGAGCUGUAGCAGUGAAAUUUAUAAUUCAUGUACAACAACUACAGCAAGGACAACUUUUAUUUGUACCCAACAUUUUGACCAGUUAAACUAAUAAACAAAACAUUUUUUAAAGUAA